AUGACCGGACAGGUUGAAGAGUCACAUACUGCCGACGACGCUGGCGCAGACCCUCCAAUCAGUGCCGGAGGAGACACGGUGCAUAGUCCUCAUGUUGCGUCCUUUCCCUUCGACAAUCUCGAUGCCGACGCCGUCCUGCGUAGCUCAGACAAUGUGCUAUUCCAUGUCUUCCGUGGGAUUCUCACUACUGUCUCCCCAGUCUUCUCGUCCAUGUUCUCCCUCCCUCAACCCAGCUUUUCGCAUGACGGAGGUGGUGCCCCCACCAUAGUUGUCACCGAGACGAGUGAUACACUAGAUUCCUUCCUCAGGCUAUCUUACCCGCUCCCCAGCCCUCCGAAAUUUGCUUCGUUCGACGAUGCCAAACGCGUCCUCCAAGUAAUGCACAAAUUCCAAGUCGCCUGGCACUCGUCCCUACUGGUCCCAGCGCUGCUGCCCCAUAUCGAAAAGAAUCCGCUCCGCGUAUACGCGUAUGCUUUGCAUCUCGGCUUCGGUGAGCUCGCGCUGCUGGCAGCCCGUCAGACGCUGCUCCUCGAGGACCUCACCGAAUGGUGCGAGGAGCUGCGGGACAUCAGCGGAGAAGAGUUCCAGCGACUCCUCGUCUACCGCAAGCGGGCGGUCACCGCAGUCACCGCAGACAUGACCGCAUUCUGGUGUCCUCUUAACAAGUGCCCGAAACGAUGGACCUGGCUUGUCUGUUACACAUGCACGAAGCAUCGUUCAAACUGCCACUACCGCUCCGCCUGUGCGUGUCCGACGGUCGCGGAGUGGUUUGCAACAUUUUGGACCCAACUCUCGACGGUUCUGCGCGCUACACCGACACCGGCCGCAUUGAAGCUGGCUGCUGUGGUAACGGCGUUGCGAAAUAUGGGAGCAGCUGUGAACUGCAUCAGGAUCUCGAAGCUACAGUUGAAGGAGGAGAUUCAAGACCCACUUGAGCCGUAGAAGUUCGCCACCUCUCUUGUACAUCAAGUCUUUUUUUGAGAAGACGCUUGUCUAUGUCUACGUGACGGUGCUUGUAGCAGUAUAUAUUACUCAGAC